AUGAGCCAGUUCGAAGCAAGAAGUGCAAACAUGAAGUGGGACUGGCAGCAAUUUACGCCGUCAUCGACCCCGACCACGACUGUCUUUGACUUCGACAUCAACGACCACUCCAGCACGCAUACCACAAACAAUAGCAGUGCCGCCACUCCCACGCAGACGCACUUUCACGACGCCUUCCCGGCCUAUGACUAUGCUCACCACAAGCGUGAUUCGAUAGCCUCGACUGCCACGUCCAUCGACACCAACACACACGGCUAUGCGACGUAUCCGCAGAUACAACCCCAGCUACAACAUCAGUCACAGCCCCGGCAACAGCAGCAACAUCAGGUGCAGCAGCAGCAACAGCAUCAGCAACUGCCGCCACAGCAGCUACUCCCCCAACAGCAGCUGCAGCAACAUCAACAUCAACCAGCACAACCACAGCCCUACCAGUCCUUCGACUAUGCCUCGAGUCCGGUCUUUGUCCAGGGCCCCGGCCUACCUCAGACCUUCCAGAUGCAGACUCCUCCCCCCACCCGCGGCUCGUCCAUCAAGCGGCGGCCACAGCGACUGGACAGUGCAAUGCUGGACCCCUCUGCCCAACGCCAGCCCGAACUCAACACUGCCACCUUCAGCUUCGCCGCCCCGACACAUUCCAUGACCUCGUGGACCCAUCCCGCUGGUCCAGCUUCCGCCCCAUUGUCUGCUCCCGCUUGGACUGCCAAUGCCGAAGACCCUUUCUCGAAUUGGUCUGCCCAAUCCUCACAGGCUUCAAACCCUUCCCAACCUCCUCCAUCCUCUCAUUCCCACACUCCUUCUCAGCCCUCGUCCCAAUCGCGGCCCACUAUCACCCGCUCCACAAGUUCCAACAAUGUCCCGUAUGCCACUCCUACCGCUAUCAAGAAGGCCUCUGGACCAGCUGAUGUUGACCCAUUGCACCGGCGUUCGUCUCCAGUGCGACGUCACUUCCCCAACACUGACGACAUGCCUCCUUCAACAGCAGGGAACCCAUGUUUAGCCCCUGCCUUCCCCUCAACCUCAGGUCCGAGCUCGCCCGUGAAGGGCAGCGGCCUUCAGCGAAGCAACACGGUCGGUAAUUUUCUGAAGCCUAGCCCAACCAUCGUGUCACAUGUUCCGGACGCGACUGCCUCACUUGGUCGGAGCAAUUCAGUGUGCAAUCUGCCUCGUCGCUCUUCUCCCCUGAAGCGCAUAGCACGUGGCUCCCUGUCCUCAAUCGCAGAGACCUCACAGCCACAAGUCCGCACAUCUGUCGUUCUUACCAUCGAUGCCAACGGGACCGCGCGGACCGAAACCAGAGUCAUCGAAGAAAGCCCAACUCGGGCGAAGGAGGAGACACAGUCGAUCAAAGACAAGUACCCCAACCUUUGGGACGACUCGGACAGCGAUUCCGAUUCGACACCGGCCAACAAAUGGCCCAAUCGUCAUGAUUCUCUCGCUCAGCCCAAUGCUGGCCAGGAGCGGUCCGCCAAAAUGGCCAGGCUCGACACUUCAUCCGACAAUCUCGAGAUAGCGCAAUUGCCACGCUCAAACUCGACAGCCUCGUUGAAGACGCCUUCGAAGGCCGUCUACGCAAUUGCUGUACAGCUCAGACGUCAUGGCAGUGCUAAGAAGCAACAAAGGCCUGCGAGUGUGCAGAGUAGACGCAACACGCUGUCUUCCUUGAACAGCUCUUUCGAAAACCUGGCUGCUAUGGAUCUCAACAGAGACGAAAUGCACAUGCAGACAGAUGCUGGCUCUGCGCUUCGUCAGGCUGCAGCGCAUCGUGUGUCUCCACCCAGUAAGCAGGCUCGCCCAGCACCGUACCAAGAACAACCUGACCAUGCUAUAGUCCAAGCCGCUCGUGCAGUCCAUCAAGACGCAGUUGCUUCGAGCGCCCCACCAUCUCACCCGCUAUCGCAGCCCCAACAUAUCCGCCAUCCGUUACAGCUUCGCCAGCCACACCAAGUGCAACACGCACAGCCACCUCAAGCACCUCAGAUCAUACCACAACCUCAGCCCCUGAGGCCUCAGCACACACAUCAGGUCCAACAAAUGAACCACUUCCCACUGAGCAACCAAAACCACCCUCACGCCCAUGCAAAAUCGCACAGUGUCAAUUUUCCUACCGCAACAUCAACAGCGCCCGUCUUCGAUCCGCGCGGUUCCUUUACCAUGGGCUACGCCCCCGUAGUUUUCGCCCCAGCACCUUCUCAACCAGCAUUCAUCAACGACAUGAGCCCCAUGACACGAUGCAUUUGCCAGAUCCCAUUCGAUGACGGUAGGAUGAUCCAGUGUAACCUUUGUGCUAUGUACUCGCACUCAGGCUGCGUCGGUCUCAAUCCCUCUCAGCAUGCAUAUGUUUGCUCCUUCUGCGUCAGCGCCACCCCUAACCAAUACGGACAUCCAGCCCGGUCGAGUUCAAUGCAAGAUUUCAAUGCAUGGACCGUACCUGGACUCUGA